CGUGUUCAAUUGUUCUUGUUUCAUUGUUUUAUUUGAUUUCAUUUCGUUGCCUCUGUUUUAUGCAGCGUGAUCCCCGCCGCUUUCAUGAUGUGGAAACGAGCGAGAAGUCCUCACUCUAUCUCAGAGUCAACGAGAACGCUGUUAUUACGGCCACUGCAGUCUCGAUCCGACCCACCCAUUCACUCGAAGGAGGACCUCGAACCCACUAGAUCAAGAUUUUUGCUUGUCCCUGGAUUGCUGAUAACAUCUAUCAUUAACUUCGUCCUUAUUGCUGGUUUAAAAGGUCACUGGACUGUCACUGGUUCAGCAGCAACUACCAUUAUCAACAAUCCCUCAACGUUUUCAGCCGUACGCCAAAUCAUAGCUUCUUUGCUUGGAGCAGUCUACAUGUACUCGAUAUGUAUGAUUAUCAAUUGGGCAUCUCGGGUGAUUAUCUCGAAGCGAGCUGUCACUUUGGACAGACUUGACUUCUGGAGCGCAAUCUGCGGUUCUCGGGUCGAUUGGACCUUGCCCAAGAGUAAAGUGCCUUUGGUCCUGCUCUUUAUCGUGGCAACUCGAAUCCCGGCGGCUUUCUGGGCUGGUGCGCUCGCUCCUACUCUUACGAAGGCGGAGAUGAAGAAGACACAUAAUAUGACAACCAGUGUCCCGCAUUACACACAGCAAUCGUUGGACACUUAUGAGCCUGAAAGUCUCUUUAACAGCAGCGAUCCCAUGACCUCGACUCCACUUGGAAUCUUUUCCUUCAGUCCGGUAAGAGACCGCUUCGGUUUCUUGUUGAAUGAUGGGGCUUCAGCAUCGAGCCAAAAUAGAAGUGAGGUUCAGCUCUACAAGAAGAACGACAACUCAAACUUUACUUACUAUGGUCGUUCUUAUGGAGUUGGUGCAUCUGUCGGCCUCGUAGACAAACAGAUUGGACAACGAUUUCCGGGUCUGGACUCUUUCUCGUUCAACGAGACUGGGACGAUGACAAACAUCUCGUGUAUUUUCAAUCGAAGCACAGAUUUUCAUCUUGAGCUGGUCCUUUCCUCAGACAACAUCAUGUAUCCCAACAUCUACGAGGCCACUGGCUGUCCACCCUGGGAUCCUCCCGGCGGGAACUGUGGGGGAUUCAGUGAAAUCGGCAUAGGCAACGAUGACACCGUCGUCGCUGUUGCUUGGUGGGUUUGGCCCAAUGCUACCGUCGAGAACUUUGAAGGCACGCUCGCUAUUGCGGCAGGAAAGAACUACACCCCUCUCAACAAUAGCCAAUGCUCGGUAACAAUGGUUCCCAACAAGUUCACCGUCAAUGUCAACGUCAAACGAGGACUAAUCCAAGUGGUCCCACUGAAUCAAUCCAUGGGGAAUGGAACGAACCCUAUACCAAUUGUCCAAGGGGCAUUCACAACCACCGCUGCAUUGUCCGAAGUGGCCUCGACAAAAUUCACGUCGGCAAUUGGAAAUAUGCUGAAUAGCAACAUCUACAACGUCAAGCUUCAGGAAACAUCGGAGUCGACCGAUGGAAAGACGCUUCGUGGGAUUUCUGAGGCGAUGGAGGUUGUCACCGAUGAUGCAUUGGUGGCUUAUUCCAGUGCACAACUCAUGCUUGCGAAUGAAGCGACCCAAGUCCCUAUCACGAUUGUUGUGGAUGCGGUGUUAAUAGGAACCGCGCCUUACAUCUAUACUGUAGCAGGGAUCAAUGCUGCUGUUCUCCUACUCGUAAUUUUCGAAGGGGUCCGGACCAGAGGGUGGAGGGGAAUGCCGAGGUUUAAUUAUAUGUCUGUGAAGAGCACAGUCGUCAGCAGCUCGAUGGGUGGCAAUGCUGUAGCUAGGAAAGCAGAGGGUAUACACAAGUCUUCUGGGCAAAGCUGGACAGGGAACGCAAAUGAUAGGAAGAAUGGGAAUAUUGCCGUCCGAUUGAGGAGAGUGGACGGAUUGGCUUUGACGUUGGAUGGUGAUAAAUAUGAGCAGAGAACGUCACAAACAUCAGACUAUGAUAUGCCUGAAUGGAGCGAUCGGAUCAGUGUACGGUCUGGCUUAGUCUAG